CUGCGAAGUGGUUCCCAAUACAGACAGGUUUGAUUGGUACAGGCAGAACAAGACAGCGUCAGCGGCAUGUCAGGCGUGGACGAGGAGCAGCUCAUCAAGGAGCUCAAGGGCAAGGGCCACUCGGAGGUGUAUGCCCGCGCAUACGCAGCCAAGGUGCACGAGGGUGAGCUGUUUGCCCACCACUUUGCCCUGCUGAGGGAGAAGCGUGCCAAGUCCAAAGGCGACAUCGCCGCCACCUCGGCACCUGCACCAGAGCAAGCAGAGCCCCGCAAGCGUCGUCCAGACGACUUUAUCAUCUCCAAGCGGCUUGGCCAAGGCUCCUAUUCUUCGGUGUUCCUCUGCACAGAGAAGGAAACAGGCCGCGAGUUUGCGAUCAAAAUCCUGGACAAGGCACACAUUCAGAAGGAGCGCAAGGAGAAAUACGUCCUCACCGAACGCGAUGUGUUCAAUGCGCUUCGCAGUCCGUUUAUUGUGCAACUGUACUACACAUUCCAAGACCCAGCACGCCUUUACUUUGUGAUUGAGUUUUGCAAGAACGGGGAGCUGCUUGACUGGCUGCAGAAGUUGGGCUCCUUUGACGAGAAGUGCACGCGCUUUUACGUCGCAGAGAUGGUCCUCGCCCUCGAACACAUGCACGCACACGACAUCAUCCACCGUGAUUUGAAGCCUGAGAAUGUGCUGCUGGACGAGAACAUGCACAUCAAGAUCACAGACUUUGGCACUGCAAAGAUGCUCAAGAAAGACAGCAACGGCCGGAGUGACUCGUUUGUCGGCACGGCGCAGUACGUCAGCCCAGAGCUCCUCAGCGAGAAGUCCGUCGGCAAGAGUUCGGACCUGUGGGGUCUCGGGUGCAUCCUCUACCAGCUGCUGGCAGGAAAGGUUCCAUUCCGCGCGGGCAACGACUACCAGACGUUCCGCCUCAUUUCGCAGGUGGACUUCUCCUUCCCGCCAGGAUUCCCCGAGAAGGGCAAGGAUCUUGUUGAGAAGCUGCUUGUGCGGGACCCGACGAAGCGGCUCGGGUGCGAGGAGAUGGGCGGAUUCGCCGCGCUCAAGGCCCACCCUUUCUUCGAAGGCAUUGACUGGGAGACGCUGGCAACCCAGACGCCACCAAAGCUUGAGGCGUACCUCCCUGCCAUGACCCCUGGCGAGAAGGGCAUCCACGAGACAGACCCUGCGGACGACGAGCUUGCUGAACUGGAGGCUGCCGUGUACCGCCGCCAAAUGGGCGAAAUUCAGGUGAUGUCGAAGGAGGACAAGCAGCGGCAGGAGCAGCUGGCGCAGCAGGCCAAGGAGUCGCCGUGGCACAGCUUCCUCAACGAAGGCGAGCUCAUCAUCAAGACUGGGCUCGUUGACAAGCGACGCGGUCUGUUCAGCAAGCGGCGGCAACUGAUUCUGACGGACACGCCGCGUCUCAUCUACAUCGACCCAGAGGCCCUCGAGAUCAAGGGCGAAAUCCCAUGGAGCAACGAGCUCCAGCCGCAGUUCAAGAACAUGCGCACGUUCUUCGUGCACACGCCGAACCGCACGUACUACCUGGAGGAUGUGGAGCGAAAGUCCAUUGCGUGGGUGGACACCAUCAACCACAUGCUCAAGCUGCAGAAGGAGCAGAACAAGUAAACCCCAGGCACAGGCUGACACGGGCCCGCGUUCCUGCCCCCCCCCCCAUUCAGCAUCAUUUACAUGUAUGC